CAUACAUGCGCGAUUAAAUAGUUAUUUUGGCAUAUAUAUAAACCACCAAAACAAAUAUUUUUCAAACCAAUCUCAAGUGGUCUCUGAAUAAACAUAAUUGUAUCGUGCACAAUUUACAAAGUUUUUGACAGUAACUGUAAGCCAUGACUGAAUUAACCGCUAAUAACUACAAAAAAGGUGAUCCCUUCCCGCCCCGCACUGACCUAAACAAACUGCGUGUGUAUAGCUACCAGACGUGUCCGUACGCCGAGAGAGCGCUGUUAGUAUUGGCCGCCAAAGGCAUUGAACAUGAGAUAAUAAACGUGAAUCUGAGGGACAAACCCGAGUGGCUCCUGGAGCGCAACCCUCUGGGAAAAGUACCGGUGCUCGAGAUCGGUCCCGACAACAAGAUCCUAUACGAGUCGCUAAUAGUGGCCGAGUAUCUGGAUGAGGUCUACCCCAACCUGCGGCCCCUACAGCCUAAGGAUGCCUUUCAGAGGGCCAGCGAUAAGGUGUUCAUCGAGACGUUUGGUAACUCUUACAGCGGUUUGUAUGCCAUAUAUCGCACCGAAAACUUGGCCGACGUUUGGACAGACAUUACGGAGACUCUGAAAAAAGUGGACAAACUCUUGGCUAAGAGGAGGGGCAACGAGAAGUUUUUGUCCGGUGCCGCAUUACCAGGAUUAAUAGACUACGCCAUAUGGCCAUUCAUUGAGCGCCUACCCCAGUCCAUAGACAUUGCUGGCCAUAACUCGGAGGAAUUCCUACGCAAAGAGUUGCCCGCAGUUCAUGACUAUAGAAAGCAAUUGCUGGCCGACCCGACUGUCCAAAAAGUGAGCCUACCCUACGAGCAACUACUGGCCCACACCCGGGAAUACCGUGAUCCCUUUCCAGCCCGUGUUGACCCAAACCUACUGCGCCUAUACAACGUCCCGCACUGUCAGUUCUGCGAACGGGUACGGCUAGUGUUAGCCGCCAAAGGCAUUGAUCAUGAAGUAAUAAAUGUGAAUCUGAGGGACAAACCCGAGUGGCUCCUGGAUCGCAACCCAUCGGGCAAAGUACCGGUGCUUGAGAUCGGCCCCGACAGUCAAAUCCUAACCGAGUCGCUCAUAAUUAGCGAGUAUUUAGAUGAGGCCUAUCCUGACAAACAGCGCCUACAGCCUGAGGAUGCCUUCCAGAGGGCCACCGAUCGGCUGUUUAUCAAGACAUUCAUCGCCAAAGAGACUGUUAUUAAGCAUUUGUUCGUAACUGAAAACCUGGCGGACAAGUGGACAGACAUUAUGGAGGGACUGACAGCUCUGAAUAAAGUGCUGUCUAAUAGGCGAUGGAUCCAUAAGUUUAUAUCCGGUGCUGAACAGCCAUGUCUGGCCGACUAUAUGGUGUGGCCAUUAAUCCAGGGAUUGGUAGUAUUGGUAGACCUGGCGGGUCAGGACAGGGAGGAACUUAUGCCUAAAUGGUUGCCCGCUCUAUACGACUACUGGCGCCAAAUGCCUAUCGACCCCAUUGUCCAGAAGGUUUGUCAGCCCCACGAGGCACUGGUAGCCCGUAAUCGAGACAUGCGUUCAAAGCUAUUUAAAAAGUAGUGCUAAUCAUGUCGUGAAUCUGUAUUUGUUUUGCUUAUUAUUAGUGAUUAUAUUUUAAACAAG